GGAGAGACUGAAACAAGACCCCUCUCCUCCCCCAGCUGUGCUUAAAAGUGUUUGGUUCAGUUUCAGAACAUUGAUUCCCUUUGGCUUUAUAGUCUAGGAGAUCUGUUCAAAACACUUGCAAGUAAAUGCUGCGAGGAGGAAGAUUUUUGCCAGAAAGAGAUUAGACAUAUGUGUUCCCGUUCUUUGUUAAAGGCUUUUGCUUGUUUUAGUUGAAAUGAAAACGCUCCUGUACUAAAGAGAAAUAAACUCCUCCCUUCCUGUUUGCAAAUGUCUUUCAUUUGCUGUUUAUCUUAAUUAAAUAUACAGUAGAAAGGAGAAUGGAACUGCUGCUCCUUUAAUAUCAGAGCUGUGCACGCUACAAUAGGUGUCACUGUUUGGCUUCGUCCAAUCCUGAUUGGUGGCUUCAGCUAUUGGCUCGGAGCUCUGGCUGUCUGACUCCGUCUGCAGGGCUGUAAUACCUACUCUCCUCUCCCGAUCCAUUCACCACACAACUUCGCCGGCUGGGGCUGGCCGCACUGACUCGCUGGGCUCGCCACAUCUUGCUAACCUAAUUCAGAAAGCAAGCGCCUCAGUUCUCUGUCUGCCUCCUUUGCUCAGCAUAAGCUUUCCAGGUGAUCUAGAAAACGGCCGUUUUUAUGCGCAAAUAAGAAAAACAGGAAUCAUGAUGGGAAUGUAUUUAACAGAUCCGGUCCUGGAUAAAACUUAAAGCCAGUUUCUCUUCAACAUAGUGAAAAGGUCACCUUGCCUGGCUGGGAAAAGCAGGAAAAUACCAGCUUGUCGGUUUCUGGUUUCUGUUAACAUCUUAGCUCCGGCUAGCCUCUUUGCCUUGAUGUUCCAGCAAAUUUGCGAUAUCUAGCUCUAAAGAGAGACAUCCUGUACUCAUGGUAGAUGAUAAAGAAAAGAACAUGAAAUGUCUCACCUUCUUCUUGAUGCUUCCAGAGACAGUAAAGAACAGGUCCAAAAAAGGUUCAAAGAAAGCAAACAGCAGCAGUGGUGGCGGCAGCGGCGGUGGCAGUGGGAGCAGCAAGUUGCCCCCAGUUUGUUAUGAAAUAAUUACCUUGAAGACUAAAAAGAAGAAGAAGAUGGCUGCUGAUAUAUUCCCCCGUAAGAAGCCGGCCAACUCCAGCAGCACCACUGUCCAGCAGCAGCACCAGCACAACCUCUGUAACAACAACCUCAUCCCGGCCCCCAACUGGCAGGGUCUUUAUCCCACCAUCAGAGAAAGAAAUGCGGUGAUGUUCAAUAAUGACUUGAUGGCAGAUGUACAUUUUGUGGUUGGGCCACCAGGUGGGACUCAGCGGUUGCCAGGACACAAAUACGUCCUAGCUGUUGGGAGCUCAGUGUUCCAUGCAAUGUUUUAUGGAGAACUUGCUGAGGACAAAGAUGAAAUCCGAAUACCAGACGUCGAGCCUGCUGCUUUCCUUGCCAUGCUGAAAUACAUCUAUUGUGAUGAAAUUGACUUGGCUGCAGACACAGUGCUGGCCACACUGUAUGCUGCCAAAAAGUACAUAGUUCCUCACCUUGCCAGAGCCUGUGUUAAUUUCCUGGAGACCAGCCUAAGCGCCAAGAACGCCUGCGUCCUCCUCUCUCAGAGCUGCCUGUUUGAGGAGCCGGACCUGACACAGCGUUGCUGGGAGGUGAUUGAUGCCCAAGCCGAGUUAGCCCUCAAGUCUGAGGGAUUCUGUGACAUCGACUUCCAGACACUCGAAAGUAUCCUCCGCAGGGAAACGCUGAAUGCCAAAGAAAUAGUGGUUUUUGAGGCAGCCCUGAACUGGGCUGAAGUAGAAUGCCAGCGGCAAGAUCUGGCCUUGAGCAUUGAAAAUAAACGCAAAGUCCUAGGAAAGGCCCUGUACUUGAUCCGCAUCCCCACCAUGGCCCUGGAUGACUUUGCAAAUGGUGCUGCACAGUCCGGGGUAUUAACUCUCAAUGAGACCAAUGACAUCUUCCUCUGGUAUACCGCGUCCAAAAAACCGGAGCUGCAAUUCGUGAGUAAAGCCCGCAAGGGCCUGGUUCCCCAGCGAUGUCAUCGAUUCCAGUCAUGUGCCUAUCGGAGCAAUCAGUGGCGCUAUCGGGGUCGCUGUGACAGCAUCCAGUUUGCAGUUGAUAAGAGGGUGUUCAUUGCAGGCUUUGGGCUGUACGGCUCGAGCUGUGGCUCUGCAGAGUACAGCGCUAAGAUUGAACUCAAACGGCAAGGCGUUGUCCUGGGCCAGAACUUGAGCAAGUACUUCUCAGAUGGAUCCAGUAAUACCUUCCCUGUGUGGUUUGAAUAUCCAGUGCAGAUCGAGCCAGACACCUUCUACACAGCCAGUGUGGUGCUGGAUGGCAAUGAACUCAGCUACUUUGGACAAGAAGGCAUGACGGAAGUUCAGUGUGGCAAGGUGACUGUCCAGUUCCAGUGCUCCUCAGACAGCACCAAUGGCACUGGUGUACAGGGAGGGCAGAUCCCCGAACUCAUAUUCUAUGCCUGAACCUUUCUUCUCUUAUGCAGCAUGAGGUGCCCACAUGGGCCCUCCUUGCCUGACGCUUAGCUCAUCUGCAGAUAUGUGGUCAGCACAGGUAAUUUGUAAUGAAUGAAGCAGUAGGCAGUUUCUUAUGUCUUUGAACCUUUUAAUUAUGUACAGGCUAAAAUGCAACAUUCCGCUUUUAACUAUAUGCUUAGAAGAGCCAAGUUCUUACUCAGGCUUUGUGGUUUUCGAGUUGCGUCUGUACGCCUAGGGAGAUCAUGUGCUUUUCCAAGUGCCCACCAACCUCCUACUUCCGUACCUCUGAAGAAGAUUUUGGAUCAACUUGAAUUUCCUUUAAUGAAUGAAAAUAUGUAUCCUAAAGUAGUAUCAUUAUUUUUAAACAGAACCCUUUUCUUUCAAUAAAUAAAUAAAGACAAAAACAGAAAACAGGUAAACCUCAGUGUACAAAUUUGAAAGAAUAUUUGCUUUGUAACAAGUAAAGUUAGAAAGUAAACAGUAGGCCAGCAAUCACGUUUGACUCUGUUCUCUCACAUUUGUUGCAUCUGGGUCUUGCUUUUUUAGUCCUUGUAUCUUAAGUUCAUAUAUGUGCUGCCCACUAAGCAGUUCACACUCUUGAUGUAAGGAGUUAGAUGUUUGUUUAGUUCAUGACUUCUACAAAGCAGACUUAAAUUCUUUCAGGUUAGAAGACAAGAUACCAGAAUGCAGGCCCUUCUUUCAGAAAUGAUGAAGCUGAAAAAUGUCAUUGUUGAUAGAAAGAAAAAAACAGAUGGCAAACUUGUUAAUUUACUCUACAGAGGGUAAAAGGGAAGCCUGAAAAUGCCUGUACAACCAGUAGUUCAGUUUACCAGUGAGACGCAUACACAGUGCAGAAAAGCUACUCUUGCCUGGUAGUUUUGCCCCCCACACCCCCACACACAAAUAUACGCUCACAUGCACUACUGGCUUGUUCUUAAGUCUUACUGCACAGGACUCCCGUUUCUCCUCCCCCUCCCCUGUUAAAAGAGGACCAAACAGUUCUUUAGAGGUAUGGAGGAACGGUUUUGUAGCACUACUUGUCAAUGUGAUAAAGUACUCUUUAUGCUCUUUCUUUUAAAUCGAGACAUUCUUUAUCUGAUCUUUGACCAUAGACGAUCUUAUUUGUUGAUUAUGAACAAGCUUCUGGACUGCUAGAACCUGGCCUCUGGCCAUCUUAAAGUGCCAAUAUAUGACUGCAGGGUUUUUGAAAAAUGGUUCGGAGUGACACUGGGUCGUACCAAGUAUUCACCUCAUCAGCAUCACAUGCAGUUCUUAUUUGUCCAUGGUAACAUAUGAAAAGAGGGAAAAGCUCACAGACAACUUCUCCUUUCCCAUGAAGGCUCGUGUUGGCUUAGUGCCUGUGGCCCUGGUAGUAUCCAGUGUAGUCACUUGAAACUGAAAUAUCCAUGUGUUUCUGAGCAGCUUUUCUGCUCAGCGUGAUCCUGAGAUGGCUCCCCGCCACCCAGAGUGUGGUCCCUGGCCACCUCCUUCUCCUGCUCUGUAAGCCAAAGUUAGCUUAUCUGGAGCAGGGGCUAGUCCUGGGGUGUGUGUGUGCCUGCACAGUAUGUGCAUGCAAGUGUGCUUGCCAACUCAGGAACUGCCUCCUCUCUGCCUGGCUAGUAGUGGGUGUGUCAGAAAUAACCCCCACACCCCUGUUGGUGCCAGCAAGGCCCAGCGAGUGACUGUUUCCACUCACUGGGCCUCUGGGCCAUUUCUUCCCCUGCAGAUAUGGGCUUGUGGCCUUUGGCCAGCUUCCCUGGUGGAGGAGAGCACUGGAUUAUGGGAAAUGUUUUAAUCAUUUUGCCAUUACAUACAUCUGUUAACAUAGGUGACCAAAAGCUGUUAUUGGUGACUAGAUGAAUAUUGAAUAUUCCUAGGACAACUUUCCAAAAUUAUCUCUCAAUUGCUUCCUAAUAAAGGGGAUGACAGGUUGUAGUUUUGGCAAAGCAUCAAUGAGAUAAAGGUACAUUGUUGAUUAAAUUACUCAACAAAGGUUUUUGCUUUACAAUUAUGGUUAAACAUUUCAGUAACUCAUAGCUACCAUACAAAUUGGUAUGGUACAUGCAAAGUGACUGGAAGGCACUUACUUUUAAGCCAGAGGAGAAGGAACUUUGUUUAGCACAGAUUGCAUCCUGUGAGAUAGUUGAGCUGGGUGUGAUAGCCUUAAAGGGGCAGUGUCUAUCCCCAACUCACUCUUACUGUGAUUGAGAUGCCCUCCAUGUGGCUAGGCAAGUGCAGUUCACUGAGGAUGGAAGAACUUAACUUUAUAUUAAUUAUUAUUAUGUUUCCAAAAAGAUAUAUCCACUUUCUGAGUUGGCCUAUGCCAAGAACUGUGGGUAAGAUUGAACAGCUGUACCUAAAAUAAGAAAGUUUAUGUUCUGAACCUAUUCUCCUAUAUGCAUUUUCAGCAAAAUGAAAGAUAAUGAGCUUGCUUUGGUUUUCUUUGGUAAUUUUGAACUUUGUAGUUUGUAAGAAUAAAAACCAUUGUUCUGACAGGGCUGGCAGCUCUAGUGUAUAAACACAACUUCAUUAAGCAGAAAACGCUGUAGAUGCUUUGCCCAGCAUACCUGGCAGUCUUCAUCAUUGUUCAUACUGGGGAUAAGGGUAACUAGGCUAGCAGUUCUAAUGCAACAUUCUUUAAUCAUAUCUUAAGAUAGUAUUUAAGUAAAAUGGUCUAAUUUCUACAUAAUUAUUGCACUGAACUGUCUUUUUUUUAAGGUGUUUAAAUAAGCUCAGCUAAUUCAGGACACUGUAGCCAACCGUGCAUCAGUGUGUUUGAUUUUAGCAGCUUACAGCAUUAUUUAUGAAGGAAAACAUAUAAAUAUGAAGUACCUCAUGUUGAAUGUUAUUGUACUGUAUUUUUAAUGUAACAGUGCAGAUCUUGUUAGACACAUGAAUGUGUAUAAUCAUGUUAAAUGCAAAUAAAGUAAAACUGGUUCAUAGAUUUGCUUUUUCA